UAUAUAAAAUUCCUGCUGUUUUGAUCCAUAAAAAACUAAUAUGUAUUGAAUAUUUUGUGCCUGGCACUUGCUGGACACUUUUUCUCCAAUAUUUCAUUUAGUCCUAGUGAUAAGUAUUAUCACUGUUCCCACUCUACAGAUGAGGAAACUGAGGAUCCAGAAAGUUGACAGAUAUGCUGGAGGUUACACAGGGAGUAAUAGUAGGGCUGAUGCUGAUCCUAUGUGUGCACCUUCUUAGAUGCGUGUCCUAGAGCAAAUCACAUGUUCUCUCUGAGCUAUGCUUUUCUGAUCUGUGAAAUGACCAGCUACUUUACAGUGGGUUUGUGAGGACUCACGGAUGUAAUAUUUGCUUUUCAUUAGAUCUCAUCUAUUGCCCAUCAAGGGCCUGGGUUUGGGGGUGAAGGGACUUUGGUUUCUUCAGGGUGAAUUCAGGCCUGUCAGAAACCCUGAGAGUAGUUCUGGGGUUCAUUCUUGAUGCUAUUAGUAACAGCUGCUGACUCCACAAAGGGCUUUGUGGCAUUAGUGACUAAUACCUUAAAAACUUGAGGCCUGAAUAAGAGGAGGAUUCAGCCAACAGGUUGGGGUAUAGGAGGCAGUGUUGGAGGCCAUGUGGAAAGGAAAUUCUCACCCUGUUGUAGAGUCAGAUUCUGGGAUCACUGCUGCAUCUUUAUAUUUAAUGUUUUAUUUUAGAAUGAACAAAGUCAUAACUGCUAGAGCUGUGACAGAGUCGGAUGCAAAGAAUAAUAACCCUUAAUCCUCCCUGUAGCCAUCUGGGGAGGUAUUAACCCCAUUUUCUUGGGGAAGGGGGCAGAGGAGGAUCAGUCCUUGCCCAGGUAGCUGUCUACAAGCUCUUUGGAGGCAGUGUUAGGAUCAGGACCUUGGUAAAAUUUUGUCCUUGUUCAUAACCUCCAGAUUUUAUUUUCAGAAAACAUAAAACUGUGCUUAUUCGUAAACCUUUUAGAGAGCCUUUCUCAGAAUGGGAGUCAGGCGUUUCUGGUCAGAGAGCUUCAUCAGUUGAGGCCUGAUGAAGGGUGCCAGUGGCUCUUCCGGUUCCCUUUUGAGCUGGACAUCUGGAUGUAACACAACUGCAAUUGAAUCAAAAAGGAAACCUUUCCAAAUUGAUUGACUUAGUUUUCCUUGACCUUUCUACUAGGAGUGAAAUUAGAGGGUGAAACUUAAAGGUCUUCCCUAUGAGAGGUACAUUGAGUUGUGGCAGGAUUUGGGACGAUGCAAGUUAAAGGUGAAAUGCAAGACUGGAUGCUCUUGAAUUCAGUGAGAAAGGAUAACGUUAUCAGAAUACUCCUAUUUCUGUUUCUGUUCCCUUCUACUACCUUAAGAUAAUUGUGGCCCUGUGACAUCACAGAUAAAUUAGUAUGGUCACUGAAAAGCAAAGCUCUGAGAACAGGAAAUUCUUUUAAAAACUCAGAUGGCGAUAGAGAACUCUACAGACAGAGAAGACAUCAAGGUAAUUAAAUGUGUGUCUUGUGGACCUGGGCUUGGCUGGAAUGCUCAAGGGUCCUGAAGAUCCUUCUAUAGCGUCCCUCUGUUGAACCCAUUAAGAGAAGAUGGCAAAAGUCAACAUAACUAGAGACCUCAUCCGUAGGCAGAUAAAGGAGCGGGGUGCCCUGAGUUUUGAGCGGCGGUACCAUGUCACUGAUCCCUUUAUCAGACGGCUGGGCCUGGAAGCAGAGCUGCAGGGUCACUCAGGAUGUGUCAACUGUCUGGAGUGGAACGAGAAAGGAGACUUGCUGGCCUCUGGUUCUGACGACCAGCACACGAUUGUGUGGGACCCGCUGCACCACAAGAAGCUGCUUUCCAUGCACACAGGACACACUGCAAAUAUCUUUUCUGUCAAGUUCCUGCCUCAUGCUGGGGACCGCAUCUUGAUCACAGGGGCAGCUGACUCCAAGGUGCAUGUCCACGACCUGACCGUGAAGGAGACGAUCCACAUGUUUGGAGACCACACAAACCGGGUGAAACGCAUCGCCACGGCCCCCAUGUGGCCCAACACGUUCUGGAGCGCUGCUGAGGACGGGCUUAUCCGCCAGUAUGACCUUCGGGAGAACAGCAAACACUCGGAGGUGCUGAUCGACCUGACAGAGUACUGUGGUCAGCUGGUGGAGGCCAAGUGCCUCACCGUCAACCCCCAGGACAACAACUGCCUGGCCGUGGGGGCCAGCGGGCCCUUUGUGAGGCUCUAUGACAUUCGCAUGAUCCACAACCACAGAAAAAGCAUGAAGCAGAGCCCUUCAGCAGGCGUGCACACCUUCUGUGACCGACAGAAGCCCCUCCCAGAUGGUGCGGCUCAGUAUUACGUAGCAGGUCACCUGCCAGUGAAGCUGCCUGACUACAACAACCGUCUGAGGGUGCUGGUUGCCACCUAUGUCACCUUCAGCCCCAACGGCACAGAGCUGCUAGUCAACAUGGGGGGAGAGCAGGUCUAUUUGUUUGACCUGACUUACAAGCAGCGGCCGUACACCUUCCUCUUGCCUAGAAAAUGCCACUCCUCAGGGGUUCAGAAUGGCAAGAUGUCCACCAACGGUGUGUCCAAUGGCGUCUCCAAUGGCCUGCAUCUUCACAGCAAUGGCUUCCGGCUGCCAGAGACUAGGGGGCAUGUCAGCCCCCAGGUAGAGCUGCCCCCAUACCUGGAGCGGGUGAAACAGCAAGCCAAUGAAGCUUUUGCCUGCCAGCAGUGGACCCAGGCCAUUCAGCUUUACAGCAAGGCCGUGCAGAGGGCCCCUCACAAUGCCAUGCUCUACGGGAACCGAGCUGCUGCCUACAUGAAGCGCAAGUGGGAUGGUGACCACUACGACGCCCUGAGGGACUGCCUCAAGGCCAUCUCCCUAAAUCCAUGCCACCUGAAGGCGCACUUCCGCCUGGCCCGAUGCCUCUUUGAGCUCAAGUACGUGGCUGAGGCCCUAGAGUGCCUGGAUGAUUUCAAAGGGAAGUUCCCAGAGCAGGCCCACAGCAGCGCCUGUGACGCACUGGGACGUGACAUCACGGCCGCCCUCUUCUCCAAAAAUGACGGUGAGGAGAAGAAGGGAGCAGGUGGUGGCGGCGGCCCUGUCCGCCUCCGCAGCAUGAGCCGCAAGGACUCCAUCUCCGAGGACGAGAUGGUGCUGCGGGAGCGAAGCUACGACUACCAGUUCCGCUACUGUGGCCACUGCAACACCACCACGGAUAUCAAGGAGGCCAAUUUCUUUGGCAGCAACGCUCAGUAUAUCGUCAGUGGCUCUGACGAUGGCUCCUUCUUCGUCUGGGAAAAGGAGACCACCAACCUGGUCCGCGUGCUGCAGGGCGACGAAUCCAUCGUCAACUGCCUGCAGCCACACCCCAGCUACUGCUUCCUGGCCACCAGUGGUAUUGACCCUGUAGUGCGGCUCUGGAACCCCCGACCAGAGAGUGAAGACCUCACAGGCCGAGUUGUGGAGGACAUGGAGGGCGCCUCCCAGGCCAACCAGCGGCGCAUGAACGCGGACCCGUUGGAGGUGAUGCUGCUCAACAUGGGCUACCGGAUCACAGGCCUGAGCAGUGGGGGUGCCGGGGCCUCUGACGACGAGGACAGCUCCGAGGGCCAGGUGCAGUGCCGGCCCAGCUAGACCCUCCUAGCCCCGGUCUCAGCCCCCGCUAUCGGCUGGAUCCUCUGCCCCGGGCAGGAGGUCAGGGGGUUCUGUUUUGGUUUGUCUUCCCCGUCCCCCCCCUUUUUUUUCCUAUUUUUCCCCGUUACGUUUGUUAGUUUGGCAUUGCGGGUGGGGAUUGCUACAACGUGCUGGCUUUUGGACUUUUGGGCAGUUGCCCCUUGACUGGCCCCAGCCCUGAGCAGAGGAGCAGGAGGGGAAGCUCCUCCAUCUCCCCCAACCCCCCUCCCCCCUCCACAUCCCUGAGGGCUCUGGCCUGCCUCAGGUGGGGAGGCCAGGGCUGCCGCUGUUGCUGUCUCCGGGGACUGCCCCACCCUUGGGCUGGCAGCAGGAGUGGGGUGGAAUUGGACAGGCUGGCCUUGGCCUGUUAGCAUUCUUGCUCUUGACGGGCGAGGCUGGCUCCCUCCUGGUCUUCAGGGAAUGUUCUAGAAAAGGACAGGGUGCACCCCAUCCCUGCAGAGCCGCUGUGUCAGGGUGGAAACAGAAGUGAGGAGGGAGUCCUGGAGAGGGCACGGUCAGGCCACUGCCUCCUCGCAGCCCGGCGUCCUUUCCCUCUCCACCCCUCCCCCCCACCCCCCGCCCUGCUGGACCCCCCAAGCAAGGGUGCUGGGUCCUUACUGUGUGGCCCGCCCUCACCGGCCCUCUGGGGGCUCAGCCUCUCCCAUGGGCCCUUGCAGUGGGCGGGGGCACCACACCAUUCCCCGCCCACCCGUGCCAGCCCUUCUGCACUCUGGGGGGGCCCCACUCCUCCCUUGGGCGCUCUCCGGCCUCACUGUGACCUUUCUG